AUCACCAGCAGCUACUUUUGAAGUCCUUUACACUCAAACUGACAGAAGAGCAGCUGAACAAAAAAUAAAAUAAUAAUAAUAAAAAGCUCAGAGAAGAACACAGAAGACGCAAGCAAGGUGAGCACAGCACUGGAACAAGAAGAGAUGAUGAGAAGAAAGCAGCAUAAAGGAUAUUUUGAGAAAAACGACGUCCCCAUCGUUGACAUUGAUAGCGACGACGAAGCCGUCGUCGCGGCAGGUCCUCCAAAAAACGACACGUCGUCGUCCCAGAAGGCUUCAUCGCAACAAGUUGAGCUUGUGCAACAAGAAACCCCUGCGUCAAGUUCAGCUCCGUCGGUAUCCCACAGCCAAAACGUUGCUUCUAGAAGUUUCUGGAAAGCAGGGGAUUACGUUGUUGGGCCCUCUUCGAAGCCAGCUCCCUUUCAAGGUCACUUGGAACAUGCUCGGGUUCAUCCCAAGUUUCUGCAUUCUAAUGCAACUUCUCAUAAAUGGGCUUUUGGAGCAAUUGCUGAGCUGGUGGAUAAUGCUGUUGACGAGAUUCAAUCCGGUGCAACUUUUGUAAAGAUUGAUAAGCUUGAUAUCAUGAAGGAUAAUUCACCAGCGUUAUGUUUCCUAGAUGAUGGUGGUGGAAUGGAUCCUAAUGCAAUACGGAAAUGCAUGAGCUUGGGUUAUUCCUCAAAGAAGUCAAAGACAACAAUCGGACAGUAUGGCAAUGGAUUCAAGACUAGUACCAUGAGACUGGGUGCUGAUGUUAUUGUUUUUAGUCGUUCGAUGCAUUCAAGCCGGGCAACACAAAGUGUGGGUCUACUAUCCUAUACCUUUCUGCGAAGAACUGGGCAAGAUGACGUAAUUGUGCCGAUGAUAGAUUUUGACAUAUCUGGCUAUUGGCCUGAGCCCAUUAUUUAUAGCUCACAGGAUGAAUGUUCAGCAAACUUGAAAACAAUUCUUGAUUGGUCUCCCUUCACAACAAAGGAGGAGCUCAUGCUUCAGUUUGACGAUAUUGGAUCACAUGGAACCAAAAUUUUAAUUUACAAUUUGUGGUUGAAUGAUGAAGGCAUAUAUGAAUUGAGUUUUGAUGAUGACGCUGAGGAUAUUAUGCUGAGAGAUGAGGCCAACCAUGGAUCUGUGCACAAGUUGAGCAAAAGAACUGUUCAUCUUCGGUCACAUAUUUCUUACCGCAUCCGUCACUCUUUACGGGCAUAUGUUUCAUUGUUGUACCUUAGAAAAUUUUCUAACUUCAAAAUCAUACUAAGGGGAAAACCUGUGGCCCAGUUUGACAUUGUGGAUGAAUUAAGAUAUUCAGAAGUAAUUAGAUAUAAGCCCCAGCAAGCCGUGACAUCAAAUGAGGCUACAGUGGUGACAACCAUUGGAUUUCUAAAGGAGGCUCCACGUAUUAAUGUUUCUGGAUUUAAUGUGUAUCACAAAAAUCGCCUGAUCAAGCCCUUUUGGAAAGUAGUUCCAGAAGGUUCAUCAAAAGGGAAUGGUGUUGUCGGAGUUCUUGAAGCCAAUUUUGUAGAACCAGCGCAUGACAAGCAGGACUUUGAGAGAUCAUCGCUGUACAUACGGUUGGAAACAAAGCUUAAGCAAAUGACAAAUGAUUACUGGAAAGGUCACUGUCACUUAGUUGGAUAUCAGCCACUAAAUUUCAGAUCACAAAAUGUGGAAAAGGAAGCCCGCAUUCAAAAAUCAGCUGGACAUUCAACUAAUUCACAGAAUGAGUUACUUGCUGAUCAAGGGAAUAUUGGCUUGGUUAUUGAGCAUCAAAACAACCUGAGUUUAAAUCAGCCAAUUGGUACCUCGGUAGGAGCUCCAUGGUCUCUGUCCGUUGAUGAAAUCUGUGAAGAAAACAUAAAACUUUUCAUGAGGUGCGAGGAGUACAGGCUGAAAGAGACAGAGUUGAAACAGACGGUUGUGGACUUGGAGGAGGAAUUGAAAGAAAUCCAGAACAAAUGUGCCCAUAUUUCUUCACUCUUAGAGGCUAAGAGGAAGCAGGAGAGUGUAAGGAAGCACUAAUAACGUUAUACAAAUAUCAUGUUAAUGAACGGCUGGUUGAUAUGCUUUCAUAAUUUGUUAGCGUAAAAGCACCUGUUUUGUGUAUGUACACCUCUCAGAACAACUCUAGCUAGAUCGGGAGAAAAACCAGCGACGAGACUUUGGACAUUUAGAGCUUAGAGUAAUGCUAAACAGUACAGAAGUGUAAAACACGGAAACAAAUCAAUAUGAAAUAAAUGAAUAAAGUUUUG